AUGCACCGACAGGUUGGAUCAUCGUCUGGAGCACAUUCCGGUCCGGGUUUCCUCCCAUGGCACAGGGAAUACAUGAAAAGGCUUGAAAUUGCUGUUCGCAUGGUCGAUCCAGGAAUCGCAAUGCCGUAUUGGGACUCGGUGAUGGAUUCAUAUCUCCCGGAUCCACGUGACUCAAUAAUGUUUUCUCCGAUGUUUAUGGGAGAAACAGAUGGUGCCGGUCAGGUGGUUCGAGGUCCAUUCGCGGGUUUUAGAACUCUCGAAGGACGACCUAACAUCGUACGACGUCUCGCGACUGAGGGAAAACUCUUUACCGAAGCCAACAUCAACAAUCUGCUGAGUCAAACGGAAAUCCAAAACGUUCUUGCCUACACCGCUCCACAGAACGGAUGUCCAUUCCGACCAUACUUCGGGAAGCAAUUGAUACACGCAGCUCCUCGAGUUCAUUUA